GAAAGUGCUGAGAGUUUAGUCCAUAGAGGAGCACGAAGACAAUUGUGGAGGCUGCGGAGGGACCGCUGGGCAGCAUCACUUAGCGAACUUUCUUCCCCUUGUUGUUUCCGGACUCCCGCCGCAUUGUACGACCAAGUGAUACAUGCGGUUUGUAAGUCAUUUACGAGAUAGCGAGCUCCAGCUUUGUGGGCUGGUUUCAACACAGUCGCACCAGUAAGUAGAAUGUUACCGAGCCAGGUUGGGACGGCACCACUGGGAAACGCGUCAGCAUCAGGUAGAGGUACCGUCGGGCUCGGUUCAAGCGUUGUCGCUGGCGGGAUUCGUCCCCUCUUGAUCCGAACAGGGCAAGCUUCUCUUGGGCUCAGCGAGAGUGUCGCGCGGCACGGAACCAGAGAGAACAUCGGGAUGCUGGGGGCGAACGGUCCAGGGGGUCCGCGAGGUGUGAGGUCCGGGAACGGGACCGGAGUGAGCCCGCUUCAGACCGCCAUCCAAGGUAGCAUGGUGGGUUUAAACGCAGGAGUUGUGCUGCCUCACGGAGCCAGGUUCGACCCGGACAGAGAGACUGUGCCUCUAUGCAGCGGCUCGGACAAUGACUCGGACUCUGGAGAUGACGAUGAACCGCUCGGGGACAGCAGGAGAGGGGUGAAGCGGGAGAGAGCGGAAAUGGAAGCCGCCGUGACGGGGCAGGAGGUGGGAGUCGCUCCGGGAGGUUACGGCCUGGUUCCCGGAGGAGUUGCGGGGGCCAAGCCGGGGAAGAAGACACGUGGUCGCGUCAAGAUAAAGAUGGAAUUUAUUGAUAACAAGUUGAGACGUUACACCACUUUCAGCAAGAGGAAGACAGGCAUCAUGAAGAAGGCCUACGAGCUCUCCACCCUGACGGGAACCCAAGUUCUGCUGCUUGUGGCCAGCGAAACAGGUCAUGUAUACACUUUUGCCACUCGUAAACUCCAGCCCAUGAUCACCAGUGAGACGGGCAAAGCUCUGAUCCAAACAUGCCUCAACUCUCCGGACUCACCGCCACGCUCCGACCCCUCCACUGACCAGCGCAUGAGUGCCACGGGCUUUGAGGAAACGGACCUCACCUACCAGGUGUCUGAGUCGGAGAGCAUGGGCGACACUAAGGACACGUUGAAACCGACAUUCACGGUAGCCAACCUACCAGGCAGUACCAGCAGCGCCCAGGCCACAGUGCCCACCACCUCCACCAGCAUGCAGGUGAGCAGCGGGCCCAACUUUCCCAUCACCAACUACCUGGCGCCUGUCUCCACCAGCGUCAGUGCCAACGGAACUGUCCUCAAGACCACCGGUGCAUCAACGGGGGUGAUGCAGCUGCCCAGUGGCUUCACUUUCAUGCCUGCAGGCACUCCUCUACCCCCUGGCACCCCCACCAUUCCUCUGAGCCAGCUGCAGCAGCACUCCCUGACCCUCCAGGGGCAGCAUGGUCAGACUCUGGCCGCCACCCCUCAGUCUCAGCAGGGCCAGCAGGCUGUCUUCCGCUUUCCUGCUGCUGUCUCCCUCACAGGGGCGGGUGUCCCUCAGCAGCUCCAGGCCAUUCAGGUUCACCCCAACACCCAGUCCACCCCCAACAGUGAGAGCAGCCCCGAGAUGUCCCACACCUCUACAAACUCCACAGCGACAGUGAGUCUCCCCGCAACCAUCGUCACCUCAACAGUGCCAACAUCAGUGGCAGGUCACAUGAUGUACCCCAGCCCCCACACGGUCAUGUACGCCUCCACGCCCGCGCUGGCUGACGGGGGCCUCGCUGUGCUCAACGCCUUCUCCCAGGGCACGUCGGCCAUGCAGGUGUCCCACGCACAAGCCCAGGACGCAGGUGCUGUCCCGCAGGUGUUCCUCACAGCACCUCCAGGCACGGUGCAGAUCCCCGUCUCGGCGGUGCAGCUUCACCCAGUACGGCAAGAUCUGCAUUUCACAAAUGGUGAUUGGCCCACAGAGCGGCAGCAGCACUAACCUGACAGAGUUGCAGGUGGUCAACUUGGACGCGGCACAAAACUCCAAAAGUGACUGCUAAGAGAUGAAGAGCAUCCUUUCACGGACUGUGCCAUCUUUUAUUUAUUUAUGAUGCCUUCCUACAAAACACGUCACACUUCUCAAACUUGCAUAGAAACACACAAUCGAUGGUGUGUGUGCGUGUGUGUUGACCCCUUUUACAGUAUGUUUUGGUAUAUAUAAAUAUAAAUAUAUAUAUAUUCGCCAAUGCAUAGGAAGUAUAUCACUACCCGUGUCAUCAGAAUUCUAUUUUCUAUGUCGUUAGAUGGUAUUUUUGUGUGCGUGUGCCUUUUUUCUUUUUGGUUUCGUUUUGAAUCAACACAGUUGGGUGCCACAAAGUGAGAUUUGUCAGAAUGUACACAAACACACAUGCAUUUUGCUAAUGUAUAUAGUUUUUUGUUUUUUUUUAAAGACGCCUAUUUUUAGCCUGGUUUCGCUUUGUGUAAGGGCAUGUAGUUGUUUUUUAUGUUGUGGUUUUGUAUGAUCUUGACAAUGACACAUAAGUGAAUUAUUAUUAUUAUUAUUGGAAAUAAUUGAAUAUAUCGUUUAUGUUGUUAUACUGUCACUAGUUGGACUGCUGCUUCAUAAUGGAUCUAGCAGCUUUAAUUUUUUUUUUUUUUGGGGGGGGGGGGGCUUCCUGUUGAUGUCAAAAAUACACGUCAUUGCAGUGUGACGUGGAGACUGUUAGUGGCCAAACGCACAUAUGAAACAACAUAAACUGAUGCACAGUGAUUACUUCAUAUUGAUCAUUGUACUAAAUCAAAGUGAUUUUGUAAAGGUUGUGACAUCACAACACAAAUGUGCUGCUGCAAAGUGUGUUGCCUUAUUUGCUGAGCGACAGCAACCCAGCUUCAAUAUUGCCAUUAAAGCGUUGGUUUCCUUGCAGGGAAACGGUGAUCUCUUCUUCAUAUCCACAACUGAUCUCAGCAUCACUUUGAAUGACCAGGCUAUGUUAUUUUUAAGCACCACAGUGCCUCUUUUCCUGGGCUUCUUAAUUGUACCCGUACAAAGUAAAAAAGGUUUAUUUGCAAGUCGCCUCACACAGCUUUGCAGAUGAACAUGCAUGAUGUUGAAGGUUGUGAGUUUACUACCAAAAACAAAAAAAAGAUGACUCCGUCCCUGUACACUGACGAGUGCUGACACACUCAACAAGUCAGUUUCCAGCCCUUCUCAAAAGAAAUAUGCCCUUAAAAAGUACAAGUGUAUUUUUGUUUUAUUGUACAGACAUUUUGUAAUAAAAACAAGAUUCAACCUAACAAAACCAAGCUGAGAUAUAUCUUUUAUUGCGAUGGAAAAAGUUGGGGGGGAAAAAAGCACAAUGGCCUGACGUAACUGAGCACGAUUGUAC